AUGUCGUCGGCUAUGGAUAAAGCGUUAAUGGCUAUGUCGCUGGAGGAGGAAGAUGCUCCUUUUGAGAUGCCGGAUUUACCUCAGUUCAGCUCCUGCGAGAAGAAUGAGUUAAGUUUGAUUGGAAGAUUGCUAAAUCCUAAGUGUCAAAGUAUGUCAAGCUUAGUCUUUAAUAUGCCUAGGAAGUGGCAGAAGAUUGGGAGAGUUCGUGGCGUGGCUCUCUCAAGUGAAAGAUUUCAGUUCAUCUUUAGUUCUGAGCAUGAUUUAGUGGAAGUUUUAGAGAAAGGUUUCCAGACCUACAAUGAGUGGGGGCUGGCAAUGGAACGAUGGUCUGAACACCCGAGUGUGGAAUCACUUCAGUUUGUCUCUCUUUGGGUUCAGAUUAAAAACAUCCCGCUGAAUUAUUAUACCAAACAGGCGAUUACUCUUCUUGGAGAAUUAGUGGGGCAGGUUCUUGAGGUGGUUUUUGACCCUGACAAACCACAAAACAAGGAUUAUGUCAGAGUGAAGGUUAAGUUUGAUGUCUCGAAGCCCUUAAGAAAAUCGAAGAUUAUCAACCUUCCGAAAGGGCUUACUUCUACAAUAUUUUACUUCUAUGAAAAAGUCCAGAAAAGAUGCUACAAUUGCCAGCGAAUGACGCAUGUCCAAGAGGAGUGUCCACUGGUUUUGAAAAAGAUUCAAGACCAAGUCAUUGAAAGGAAGAUGGGAAGGAAAGUGGAGAAACCAAAACCAACCUUGAUCUUAAAAGAAGGGGACCCUCUUUUUGGUGUGCUAAAAGAAGAACAGGUUGGUAUACAUCCUCUAUUGGGAAGACCGAGAAUUGCGCAGGAUGUUCUUGAUGGCAUGAGACAGUAUUUAAGACUUGCAACGACUGAAGAUCUGGCCCUGAGAAUUGAGAGAGUUAAAAGCUCAGUUGCAGAAGCAGAAAAGGACCCUAUUACUCAAAAGACAGUGCUACGGAUGGAACCUCCUCCCCUAAUCUCUAAGGACUUCAACAAAGGAAAAGGGUUAGUUUUUGGCUAUGAGGGAUCUGAGGUAUCAUCUCUAAAUGGGUCUAAAUCUGAGGGAACAGAAAAGCUUAUGAAUGCGGCAAUCCAAGCAGGAAGAAGUAGCUGUAAUGAGGCGGUGCCAGUGAAAGGUUUUAAGGAGCUUGCAUUGGUGGAUUACUCUCAGGACUCUUCCUCUUCUUUGGUUAGUCCAACGGCUUAUGCAGUCGGCUUCUAUGAGGCUGGCUCUUCCGGGACUAAACAGAGAAAAGGAAAGGGAAGGAAAAGACCCUAUGUGAGCAAAAGAAAACCAAUUCCUUUGAAGGAUCAGAAAGGCAAAGGGGUGGUUAUAAAGAAACAAGGGAAUGAGAAAGGGAACAUGGACAAGAGGAAAGGAGGAAAUGAGGAGUAUGUAGGUCAAAAAGUUGCUAAGCACAACAACCCAGAGGUGGUCCCAAAUGAGGGACCGUCCAAGAUCUAA